UUAACAAAGAAUCUAUCCUUUCAUUUUCAGUGCAAAACCAAAAGGAAGUGAAGUCUACACCCAGAAAAAUUCAAUCUAAAUAGAAUGUCUGAUGACCAGAGUCUAGUUUGGGGAGUGAAAAAUGGAGAAGUUGAAGUAGUUACAAGAGGAAUAAAAGAUAUGAAAGAUGUUAAUAAGGAAAUACUGAAUGGUAGAAAUGCUCUCCACUUUGCGGCUGAUUAUGGUCAGACAGAUGUUAUAAAGUGCUUGAUAGACGCGGGUGCAGAUGUAAAUAAACCAGAUAAAUAUGGAAUUUCACCUCUUUUAGCAGCAAUAUACGAAGGUCAUACAGAUGCUGCAAAGUUGUUAUUAGAAAAUGGUGCUAAUAAAGAUGGUGAGGCUCCAGAUGGACAAAAAUACAUUGAAUGUGCGGAAACAGACGAUAUGAAAGCUUUGUUGAAAAAAUAACAUGACAUAUGGUGCUUUAAAUCCAGAAUGAAAUAGUUUUGUUUUGUUUUUGGUAGCCAAGGAUGUUAAAUUAUUGUGAGACUGUGUGUGGAAAAUUGAACUGAAAUUCCAGGAACAUGAAGCUGUGCUUGAUGCGUUUUUUUAAAAGACAAAGAAAUUCUCAUGAUAUGCUUUGUAUUGAGAGUAGUUUUGAUUAAAGAAAUAUGAUUUUAGUGUCAGAAUGUCAGACAUGCCCAUGAAUCAAGUAAUUUGAAAAAUCAUAAUGGUUGAAUAUACUCUUCAGUAAUCAUGCGAAUGUUAUAAAUAAUUCCAUGUUCAAAGUUUUAAGAUCUUUUAUGACAAAUGCUUCUCGGAGGCUUAUUAUUAUAAAAUUCAUGGUUUUAAGUAUAGCUUAAAUUGAGCAAUACUGAUUCUGAAGUAGUAAUGACUCUUUGCAUUCAGAGUAAUUUCUCUCAUGCAAGUACUUGUCAUACUUGGGUUGAUCAAAAGUAAUGUCAACAUGUGUCAUGAAAAGAAAAAUCUUUAAAAAUUCACAUCCAAGUACCUUGAUCUAUUUGCAAUAUUUUCCAAACAAAAAUAAUCAUAAAAAUAUUACGCAUUCUUAUCAAGAUAACUUCUAUUGAAAGCAUUGUUAACAGUGAACACUGCGUCGCUGACGUUAUUGAUGUCAAAAAUCAACAUUUUUGUCACUAAACAGUAACAAUUGUUAGCAUUAUUUCACAAACUUAAACCUGCAAUAACAGCAUUAAAGUUUUAUCAGCAUAUGGCAUAGAGCCGUUACUUCGCAUCAUUAGAAAAUAAUUUUGUACAUUAUUUUGAUGUUAAUUGAUGAUUUGUUAUACUGUGAAGUCAUUAGUAUUCGUGGGGGACUAAUUUUCGUAGAUUUCGCGGUUGAGUCAAUCCACGAAAUUUAAUCCCAACGAACAAGUAAAAUUUCCAUUCAUUUUAUGUUCAAAAGUCGAAAUCUGCGAAUUCAUAUCCCCACGAAAUUACCAUUUUGACCCAAACCACGAAAUUUCAUGCCCACAAAAUUAAAUGAUUUUACAGUAUUGUGAAUUAGCAUAGUGGUAUCCAUGUAUUUGAAACUUAAAAACUGUCUACAGUAAUAUUUACUCAUGAAAUCAGGAUUGAAUGAAUGUACAUCUUCAUAUUAUUUCAUUAAAAAUAAACAAUGAAUAAUUUCACCUCUGGUGCAGUGACAUUACUUCUGGAUCAACCCACGCAGUUGUCUUGUUUGAGCAUGUCGAAGAAGUAAUAAUCUUAUUCGAACUUUAGCAUUAGGCUUUUCAGUUCUGUUUUUGUAGAAGAUAAGUUUUGCAAUGCUUUGUAGAAUUUAAUAUUACAUUGUAUUUUAAGAUUUCUGUGAAAUCGUUGUAUUAGUUUAUGUUUAAGUGUGUUUGUUAAAAUAUUUUUUGCAUGCAUGUAAGAUAAAGAUUAGAUAUGAAGUAUAUACAUAGGACUGAACAGUAAUAUUUAAACAUCAGCGGGGUUGUAAUUUCAUACUUGUGCGGGUACUAGUAAGAUAUUAAAUUUAUUUCAAUAAAGGUCUUGAGAUGACAAUAUAAGAACAUUGCAAGCAGUUCUCAAAAUAAUGCAUAACACGAUCAGCUGUGUCUGUAAAUUCAAACCUACACAUUUUAUAUGCAUAUGUUUAUCUGUAACAUGUGAUUCUAUUAGUUAAUUGACAAUUUUAACUUGCAUUUGUAUGUACAUGUAUAGGCAUUCACUACACAUACGUAUAUGCAUGAAGUCGCAGCCUCUCUGUUACCACGUCGUUGAGCACUUUACAUGAUUUUAAAUGUCUAGAACUAUUGCAUAUAUACUGUAGGAACAUUUAUUUAUAUUCAGUCAUCUUUCAAGUUUGUUUAAUUCUAUCAUUUAAUCAAGUACUCGCAUUUAAUACUUAAAAUUUGUGAAAAUAAUGUUUAACUAUUAUAUGAUACAUAUCACUUAAAGUUAUAAAGUGGACAAUCUUUGUUUGACUCGUAAAUAUUUGAUGCUUACUGUUUGAAUCAAUUAUUUUGCAACGAGGAAUUUUCUUUAUUUGUGAUUUAUUUUGCAAGUAUUUUGCAAGUAUCUAUUCAUUUUAAAGGUCUUCAAGGGUGAUAAUAAGGUUUUUAUGAUUUUUAGCUCGACUAUUCUACUCUCCCUGGCGUCGGUGUCGGCGUCACACCUUGGUUAAGUUUUUGCAUGCAAGUACAUACAGCUAUCAUUUAAAGGCAUAUAGCUUUGAAAUGGGCAAAAUAACAAGUUUAAAAAAAAAUAAUUUUUCAAACAAAAAUUUUACACUGUACAGAAAAGGUGGAUAAAACAGUAGACAUAGUUUUUCCAUAUUUCCAGUUUAAGCGAAUGCUGAUAUUAGGUUAGUAGUUGGUUACUAAGGAUGAUUUGCCUUGCCGAAUUGAAAGGGGUAGGUCACCAGGUUGAUGUCAGAUUUUUCAAAAUUGCGAAAGUAUUAUAUAUGGUGUAUAGGUAAUUAUAAAUGAGAAGUAAAAUCAAAGUGAUUGCGAGAGCAAGGAAGUAUUUCAUAAUAUUUACAUUUUAUAUUAUAUACACAUGUGUUGUACAGAAAAAAACUGUUAAUUUUCAUAUAAACAUUGGUGCAAUUAUAUCAAGGCUGGCCUUUUCUGCAAUAUUGUAUGUGCGAUCUGAUGUCAUGCACAAAAAAAAGAACAUGAACAAAAUGGUGUUGUAUGAAGAAAUUUUUCAAAAUAGGACAACAAGCAUUAAAUUAUAGCUAAAACUCAUUUUAUUACAGUAAAGAUCAAAAUUGAAUCAACACAACUGAUACUUUUUCUGGAUUUAAGGCUAUUCUAAAUUGAAAUGAGGAACGGUCUUAAUCCGACGGCUGAUUACAAAGUAAUGCAAGUAGGUGCUGAUCUAUUUAGAUUUAAAAGAUCGAGGACCUUGGAAAGAAAAAUUAUUUUUACAGCAAGCAACUGUAAAACUGUAAAUAUAUGGAUUGAAUGUUAUUUGCGCGUUUAGACUGGUAUAAACUACAUUUAAGUACUUCUUGCAAGUCAUUCAGGAAUUACUGCCGUGACUUGUGGCUUUGUAAAUUAUACUAAAUAGGUUAAAAGUGGUUUGUACCAGUCAAAAAGUACAAAUUUUAACCUUUAGCCUGCUAAAUUUCUAAAAUGGACUGGUCCAUCUUUCAAUUUGGGAAAUACCAUUUAUUAUUUGUAGGGGUGUUGACUGAAAAUUUACUUACUGAAUAGCGAACAGUACAGACUAUGAUCAGCCUGCACAUGAUCUUGGUCUGCACUGGUGGCAGAGGCAGAAUCACUUGCCGCCAGUAGGCUAAAAGUUAAUUAAAGCAGUUGGUAAAACGUGUCGGACACAAAGUAAAAUGCUGCUGAAAGGUGAUGGCAAUGUAGCUGUUCUUUAUGGCUUACUUUCAAAUAUAACGCAAUAAAGGAUUUAGAUUUACUAUUUUCAAUAUUUUGUAGACGAGAUAAAACUGAUAUUGUGAUUCAUUCGUUCUCUAAACUGCUUAAUGAUAUGUGAAACUUUGUGAAAGCAACGUUGUUUUAUCAAACGGGUAUUUUAAGAUAAAGGUUAUUGUCAUUGAAACAAGAAUGUUUGGUAUGUUGUUUGAUUUAACAUCUUGUAAUUGUUUCGGCUUUAUUUUCAAUGAUUUAAGUGGCUGCAGAUUUGUAUAUUUGCUCAGUGGAUAGUUCAGAAAUGUAUACAAUUAAUUGUUAUGUGGCAUUAUGAUAGAAUGUAUACAUUGUGAUUUAUUAGUACAUUAUAAACAUGAGUACAGCUUUUGAAUAAUUAUAACUUCCAAACUUUGUUAAAACAAACAUUUAUCGAAAAGACAUGAAACCCGGCCCGUAUGAAUACCAAAUUACAAUAACACAGAUUAGGUAAGAUAUUCGCCUUUUAUAAUUGAUAAACCUUUGAAAUUCAUUGUACAUAAGCUGUGAGUUUUUAUGGGUGAUAUACUGUUUAUUUAACACAUUUUGUAAAAAUUUCUCAGAGAAAUUAUUAUAUACAUUUGUUAAAUCAUAAAUGAAAGCUGAAAAUUUAGCAAAUAAAUCUUUUUAUCAAGUUUUCUAGUAACAUGUAUAAUAUUCUUUGUAAGUUUGUAAAGCUUUCCAGUAUAAAUAAACUAUUCACUUCUUUAGACUGUGAAUAUAAAUAUUGUAAGAAAUCAUGAUGUGACAUUGAAACCAUUUGUGGAGCCUGUAAGAGCACAUUUUAGAAUUAUAAAAUUUUGCUGCGUGCUUUUUAGGUUUAAAAUAUUAUUUUAGCUCACCUGUCAGAAAGUUACAAGGUGAGCUUUUGUGAUCGCGCAGCGUCCGUCGUCCGUGCGUGCGUGUGACCACUCUAGAGGUCACAUUUUUCAUGGGGUCGUUAUGAAAAUUGGUCAGAAUGUUCACCUUGAUGAUAUCUAGGUCAAGUUCGAAACUGGGUCAAGUGCGGUCAAAAACUAGGUCAGUAGGUCUAAAAAUAGAAAAACCUUGAGACCUCUCUAGAGGCCAUAUAUUUCAAAAGAUCUUCAUGAAAAUUGGUCAGAAUAUUCACCUUGAUGAUAUCUAGGUCAGGUUCGAAACUGGGUCACGUGCGAUCAAAAACUAGGUCAGUAGGUCUAAAAAUAGAAAAACCUUGAGACCUCUCUAGAGGCCAUGUAUUUCAAAAGAUCUUCAUGAAAAUUGGUCAGAAUAUUCACCUUGAUGAUACCUAGGUCAGGUUUGAAACUGUGUCACGUGCGGUCAAAAACUAGGUCAGUAGGUCUAAAAAUAGAAAACCUUGUGACCUCUCUAGAGGCAAUAUUUUUCAAUGGAUCUUCAUGAAAAUUGAUGAGAAUGUUCAUCUUGAUGAUAUCUAGGUCAAGUUCGAAACUGGGUCAUGUGCGAUCAAAAACAGGUCAGUAGGUCUAAAAAUAGAAAAACCUUGUGACCUCUCUAGAGGCCAUACUUAUGAAUGGAUCUUCAUAAAAAUUGGUCAGAAUGUUCAUCUUGAUGAUAUCUAGGUCAGUUACGAAAGUGAGUCACGUGCCUUCAAAAAGUAGGUCAGUAGGUCAAAUAAUGAAAAAACGUUUUGACCUCUCUAGAGGCCAUGUUUUUCAUGGGAUCUGUAUGAAAGUUGGUCUGAGUGUUUAUCUUGAUGAUAUAUAGGUCAGGUUUAAAACUGGGUCAACUGCGGUCAAAAACUAGGUCAGUAGGUCUUAAAAUAGAAAAACCUUGUGACCUCUCUAGAGGCCAUACCCUUGAAUGGAUCUUCAUGAAAAUUGGUCAGAAUGUUCACCUUGAUGAUAUCUAGGUCAAUUUUGAAACUGGGUCACGUGCCAUCAAAAACUAGGUCAGUAGGUCAAAUAAUGAAAAAACCUUGUGACCUCUCUAGAGGCCAUACUUUUCAUGGGAUCUGUAUGAAAGUUGGUCUGAAUGUUCAUCUUGAUGAUAUCUAGGUCAGGUUUGAAACUGGGUCAAAUGCGGUCAAAAACUAGGUCAGUAGGUCUAAAAUUAGAAAAAUCUUUUGACCUCUCUAGAGGCCAUAUUUUUCAAUGGAUCUUCAUGAAAAUUGGUCUGAAUGUUCACCUUGAUGAUAUCUAGGUCAGUUUCGAAACUGGGUCACGUGCAGUCAAAAACUAGGCCAGUAGAUAUAAAAAUAGAAAAACCUUGUGACCUCUCUAGAGGCCAUAUUUUUCAUGAGAUCUUCAUGAAAAUUAGUGAGAAUGUUCACCUUGAUGAUAUCUAGGUCAAGUUCAAAACAGGGUCACAUACCUUCGAAAACUAGGUCAAUAGGCCAGUAGAUAUAAAAAUAGAAAAACCUUGUGACCUCUCUAGAGGCCAUAUUUUUCAAUGGAUCUUCAUGAAAAUUGGUCAGAAUUUUUAUCUUGAUGAUAUCUAGGUCAAGUUCAAAACUGGGUCACAUGAGCUCAAAAACUUGGUCACUAUGUCAAAUAAUAGAAAAAACGACGUCAUACUCAAAACUUGGUCAUGUGGGAACAGGUGAGCGAUUCAAGACCAUCAUGGUCCUCUUGUUUAGGUUUAAAACUAGAACAUAAACUGCAAAAAAUUUUCACACCUUGUUCUUUAUGAAGUUAAGAAUGUAAGCAUUCCAGUCUAAUAAAAUUAUUUACAGAGUAACAAUUAUAAAACGGCUGUUUUCCACAUUAUCUGUAUCAUUGUUUUGUACACAAGUGCUGUGAGAUUUGUGCAAUGUUUUAUAUAUGAAUGUGUCAUAUUAUUGUAUCACAAAUUCAUUGUUUACAUCUAAAUAAAAUGCUAUUGAUGUAAA